GACUGUUGCCCAACAUAUCAUUAGGAGCACAUAUUCUGGACGACUGUGAUAAAGAUACUUAUGGAUUGGAAAUGGCAGUCGACUUUAUAAAAGGCUCAAUCAGCAAUAUCGACGGUGCCGAAUAUCAUUGUAACAAGACCCAGGUGCGGAAAGUCAUCUCGGGUGUGAUCGGAGCUGCUUCUAGUGUCACCUCCAUCCAAGUUGCCAAUCUGCUACGGUUAUUUAAGAUACCGCAGGUUUCAUUUUUUUCAACCAGUCCGGAACUCAGUAACAAACAACGUUUCGAAUACUUCUCCCGUACAAUUCCUUCGGACCAUCAUCAGGUUAAAGCCAUGGUUGACAUCGUGAUGCAAAUGGGAUGGAGUUAUAUUUCGAUCAUUUACGAGGAAUCGAACUAUGGUAUUAAGGCUUUUGAAGUAUUAGAAGAUCUGCUGGUGAAAAAUAAAAUUUGCAUAGCGGUUAAAGAAAAGUUGGUUAAGGAUUCAGGGGUUGGCAAUAUAUCGGUUUACGACAACAUCGUGCAGAAGCUUCAGACGAAGCCCAGGGCUAAAGGCUGCAUCAUUUUCGGCUCGGACCAAGAAGUGGCCGAACUGAUGAAGGCAGUGCGACGUUGCAACGCCACCGGCUGGUUCUCCUGGAUCGGUUCGGACGGCUGGAGCGCCCGCUCCUUGGUGUCCGACGGCAACGAGGCCGAGGUCGAGGGCACGCUCUCGGUGCAACCCCAAGCCAAUCCCGUGCUCGGCUUCAAGGAGUAUUUCUUGUCGCUCAACGUCGAGAACAAUCCGAGGAAUCCGUGGUUUGUGGAAUUUUGGGAGCAUCACUUCGGGUGCCGAUAUCCAAACAGUUCAAAGACGCCGUAUAACAUCAGGUACGCCAAAAAUUGUACAGGAAAGGAAAAGUUGACUGAAGACAACACAGUUUUUGAAGGACAGCUACAAUUCGUGUCUGAUGCCGUUAUGGCUUUUGCUUACGCUAUAAGGGAUAUGCACGAAGACUUUUGCAAAAAGCCGGGAUUAUGCGAAGCCAUGCGACCGACAAAAGGAAGCGAGUUGCUGAAAUAUUUGCAUAAAGUGAGCUUUACAGGAUUAACCGGCGACAGGUUUCAUUUCGAUGAAAAUGGAGAUGGACCAGCCAGAUACAACAUUAUCCAUUUUAAACAAGUAACUCCCGGAAGAUUUCAAUGGGUACGAGUAGGAGAAUAUCUAGAAGGGUCAUUAGAUCUCAAUAUGUCAGAAAUACAAUUCAAACUGGGCCAGCCCAAACCUCCAGAAUCGGUAUGCAGUCUGCCUUGUGCCGUGGGUCAAGCUAAGAAAUACGUCGAAAAAGAGAGCUGCUGUUGGCACUGUUUCAAUUGUACAUUAUAUCAGGCAAACCUCUACGAAAUAAUAUACAACAUUAAGGGUCCUAUUGAGGUUUUGCCGGCUUUAUUCGGCGCCGGAUUCUGUUUCACCGUCGUCUACGCAGCGCUGCUAACGAAAACCAAUCGGAUCUCUCGGAUUUUUAAAGCGGGAAAACAUUCGGCCAAAAGGCCCAACUUCAUAUCCCCGCGAUCGCAGCUUAUCAUUUGUACGGGCUUGGUGGGAGUACAGGUACUCAUCAACGCCGUAUGGAUGAUCAUAUCUCCGCCUAGAGCCAUACAUCACUAUCCGACAAGGGAGGACAAUUUGCUGGUGUGUUCGUCAUACAUCGAUGCUUCGUACAUGAUAGCCUUUACUUAUCCGAUAUUUUUGAUAGUUGUAUGUACAGUGUAUGCCGUGUUGACUAGAAAAAUACCGGAAGCUUUUAACGAAUCAAAGCAUAUCGGAUUUACAAUGUAUACCACCUGCGUUAUAUGGUUAGCAUUUGUUCCUUUGUAUUUUGGAACAGCCAACCAUGUGGCCCUAAGGAUCACCAGCAUGUCAGUGACUAUCAGUCUAUCAGCCACAGUUACUCUGGCAUGUCUGUUUUCACCAAAGCUUUAUAUCAUACUCAUACGACCAGAAAGAAAUGUAAGACAAAGUAUGAUGCCCAUGAGGUACAGUACCAUCAACAAAAGCGCCGUGACCACAGGAUCCGGCAGUAUGAUGGCAGCUGUUGCAGUGACAGCUGCCACUUGUGACCAAAACCAAAAAAUACAGAAGGCCAUCACACCGAUAGAUAAUGUACCACUAUUAGAGGUGAGCAAGCCCCAAACCAAGGAGUCGAGUACUCAAACUACUCCGAACUCGAGCAACAGCGCUCUUAAUGGUUGUUCGCUCGAAAAUUUGAGCAAAGUUAACAAUAAUUGCAACAUUAACGGACCAGUACCGCCUCAGAUAAAAGAUAUGGCUUUAUAGCAUCAAUCGGUAAGCAGAUCUUCCAGUUUGAAAUCUCGAAGAAACCCAAUACAGGUCUAGAUAGUAAGAUUUUUUAAAAUAAGUAAUUAUAAGGCAUUUAAAAUGCAGUAAAUAGGGUCAAGUUUACCUCAAAAUACACAAAACCUGAUAUUUAUAUAAAAAAAAUGUAGUAUCUUACCAAUUUUUGACCAAAUUAAAAGAUGUACAAAACUUAUAUAUAAAUUAUUUAUGGGACUUUAUUUGAAAAAGCGGUCACAAAAAUGGGAAGAAUAAGGAUUCAACAAAUAACCACAGUAGCGCUAAGGACGCAUAAAUCUAAAAAAUGAAAAAUAACCAUAGAUAAGAGAAUAAAAGUAACAUAACCAAAUAUUACCCAAAAAAGCUUUGUUUUUAUUUUUUUGGAAUAUAAAACAAUUAUUUUUAUAUAUUAGAGGCCCGGUCUAUUGCUGCUGAAUAAAAAUCGAUAAUUUAUUUCAUGUGACAUGAAAAUAUUUGUAUUUUUUUGAAAACCACGCCUUUAACACGUCAAAUAUUUAUAUCUAUUGAAUCAUUUCCCGUUCCAAAAAUUUUCGGCGUAUAUUUUAAAUUUUAGGUAUUUGCUACAGCAGCGCCAUCUUAAGUCUUCCCUUUUUAUUGAUGAUGAGGUUUCAUUUACCACUUUUGUGACGCUUAGCGUGACGCUAGAUCGUGUCGCGGCCUUGAAUGUUUACUCCCAUCGCGCGUAAGGAAGUUUCUCUUCAGAAAUGCAAAAUUCUGCGCAUGGAAUGUUGCAAAAUUAUACAAAGGUAUAUAUGUUACACAAGUUAUACAGUAUGAUGGAACAACGACGUCAGAAAUUAGUAUUUACUAAGUCGACUAGUUUAUAUAUACCGUGCUGGCAACUGUUGCUUUUGGGUCAGCAUUUACAUGUGUGGAAGUAAACCAUAGGGAUCUUAU